AUGCUUAAAGAACCAAUUUUUCCUGACAACUUCACAUACCCCUUUGUUAUAAGGUCGUGUGGAGGGCUUUCCGAUAUUUAUUUAGCCAAGCAAGUUCAUGGGCAUGUCUUACAAUCUGGAGUUGAAUCAAAUAUUGUUAUAGAAAAUUCAAUCUUGGAUAUGUAUAUAAAAUGCGAUGGUAUUACUGAUGGACAUAAGGUGUUUGUUGAAAUGACUGACAGAGAUGUGAUAUCUUGGAAUAGUCUCAUAUACGGGCAUAUAAAGCUGGGACAGAUGAAACGAGCUAGAGAUAUCUUCGAAGGGAUGCCAGAGAAGUCAAUUGCUUCAUGGACUGCCAUGAUUUCUGGGUACACGAGAAUCGGGAGUCAUGAAGAUGCGUUGCAUAUUUUCCGCAUGAUGCAAUUAACAGGUGUUAAACCAGAUUGGAUCAGCUUACUCUCGGUGUUGCCAGCUUGUACCCAAUUGGGUGCUCUUGAGCUAGGAAAAUGGAUCCAUUUUUACGCAGAGAAAAAUGGUUUCUUGGAAAAGAUCAGUGUAUGCAAUGCUCUGAUUGAAAUGUACUCAAAAAGCGGAAACAUCGACCAAGCACGCCAAGUGUUUGACAAAAUGCUUCAAAGAGAUGUGAUUUCAUGGAGCACAAUGAUUGGAGGUCUAGCCAACCAUGGUAAAGCUCCUGAAGCCAUAAAACUGUUUCAAGACAUGCAAAAGACAACAAUCAAACCAAAUAAGAUCACAUUCGUUGGUCUUUUAUCCGCUUGUGCCCAUGCUGGAUUCCUUGAAAUUGGAAUGAAAUACUUUGAUUCCAUGGAAAAGGAAUACAAUCUAAACCCUGGAAUCGAGCAUUACGGAUGUUUGGUGGAUCUACUUGGAAGAACCGGAUAUCUUAAUCGAGCUUUUGAAUUGGUAAACAACAUGCCCAUGAAACCAGACUCUGCAAUUUGGGGUUCAUUGUUGAGCUCGUGUAGAACAAAAGGUAAUCUUGAACUUGCGGUUAUUGCAAUGGAGCAUCUCUUGGAGCUUGAACCAGAAGAUAUUGGAAACUAUGUGAUGCUUUCAAACAUAUAUGCGGAUCUUGGAAGAUGGGAUGGUGUUUCAAGAGUGAGGAAGUUGAUAAGAGGUAAGAUAAUGAGUAAAAGAACACCGGGGUGUAGUUCGAUUCAGGUUGAUAAUGUGGUUCAAGAGUUUGUGUCAUGUGAUGACUCCAAACCAUUUUCUGGAGAAGUUUAUCAGAUGCUUGACUUAUUGGCUUUGCAUAACCAAACGAAAGAUGUUUUUUUGUAA